UGAUUAAAAAUGAAAGCGAUAUAAAACAUAAAAUUUAAAAUAAAUCGGAGAACGUAUUCCCUAAUUGAAACAUAUGUUGGAAUUAUAAGAGCUUACUAAAGUUGUGCUCUAUAAAAAAGAGUUUAAUACAAGACAUCCAAAGGAAACCCCAUUUAAAACCUCGUAAUUCAUUUAAUAGUAUCUUUGGCAAAUUUAUAACAAAUCUUAUUGAUUUCCAAGUACUGCUUUCUAUUUUUCUCUAAUUGUUAAAGGCAAAACCAUCUAUAAGUUGGCCAAAAAAAGAAAAUUGUUUCUGGUUAAAAGAGCUGAACAAUAAUACUGUUGAUGAGUUUCAUUUCUUAUGCCAAUGGGGUCCAACAGCAAUUGGAGAUUUCUUUUUAUUGUAAGGCCGUCGGAGUUCUGUAUAUUAAAACCAAACAACCUCCUGACUUGGAUCCAUCCAUCGACUAACAACUCUGAACUCUACGCUGCGCUGCUCUAGUAUAACAAGUAUACGCCCCCUUGGCCAGCCAGGGGAUUCCCAUUUCUAAGGCUCAAACGAUGACGUAGGCAGUGGGGCGGCGUUUGAAGAUCGUACACCCAGCUGCCAAAAAAAAAAGGUAUGACUAUAUGUCUUAUCGCAAAAGCUCGUCGGAACUGCGCUGCCACUGCGCAGUUUAGAGAUCGGGGGAUUUUUUCGAAGCGCCAACAGAAAUAAACAACCGUCAAGUUAAGUUGCUAAUGGGACCGGCUCAGCGCUCAGUUGGUAUUGGGCUUUCGUCUGGAGAGGGUUGGCUCAUCCAUAACACACAUCCCAAGAUGCAGAAACCCGUGCCAAGGGCUCUCCCAGAAGAGCAGGAAACCAAUGUGAAACGUUUACCUCGCGAACUCAUCUAUCUGUGUUCUAUUCUCCUCAUGCUGGUCGCUCUCGUAGCGGGCUAUUCCCUGUGGAUGAUGUCCCACUCAGCGAGUGCGUUUAACAAAGGCCUGCACAUACUCGAUCGCAGCGAAUGGCAGGGGGAACCACCGAGCGGAAAGUACCCGCACCUUCAAUUGCCUGUCUCCAAUGUGAUUAUCCACCAUACAGCCACCGAGGGUUGUGACCGGGAGGACGUAUGCAUCUAUCGAAUGCAAAUUAUUCAAACCUUUCACAUGAAAUCCCUGGGCUGGCCCGACAUUGGUUACAAUUUCCUUGUGGGCGGUGAUGGUCAGAUCUAUGUGGGUCGAGGAUGGCAUAUCCAGGGUCAGCAUGUCAAGGGCUAUGGUGCCAUAUCCAUUAGUAUAGCCUUUAUAGGAACCUUUGUCAAUAUGGAGCCGCCAGCUCACCAAGUUGAAGCUGCCAGGAGAUUGAUGGAGGAGGGAGUGCGACUGCACAAACUUCAUCCGGAUUAUCACAUCUAUGCUCAUCGACAGGUCAGUCCCACUGAGAGUCCUGGCCAGAAACUAUUUGAAAUGAUGCAGCGGUGGCCGCGCUAUACACCAGAUAUAACUUCGUUCCGCCGCCUUAGCAAUGCCACGCUUAAGUUUGUGACUCGACCUUAUUGGCUCGCCCAGCCUCCAAGUCAUCCUCUGGAUCCUUUAAGGCCACCUGUGCAGGCGGUAAAAUUCGAGAGAACCAACAUCCCAGCUUGUACCACCCAAGCCGAGUGUACCUUCCGCGUGAGGAUGCUGCAAACGCUUCACAUAGAGGCCUCUGGAUAUACUGAUAUUAACUUUAACUUCGUGGUGGCCGGCGAUGGCAAUAUCUAUGAGGGCAGGGGCUGGGAUCAUAGCUGUCAGUCCUUUGCAAGUGAGGGUCCACUCUCCAAUGAUCUAAUAAUAGGCUUUGUCGGUUACUCACCCAGCAAUAAGAAGCUGGCCUUGGAACUACUACAACAGGGCAUAAAACUGGGACACAUAAGCAAUAAUUAUACUCUGAUAGAUCCGGAAUCAGACUCCCACUUGGAGAAGUCGUAGAAGGAGGGGAGUGCCAACGCAAGUGCCAUCUCUUUAAGUGAUACUAGCCUUAAGGAUAACCAUAAGAUAUCGAAUUUCUCAUCUAAAUUUUAACUAGGAAUGUAUAUAUAGAGGAAACGUUUGAUAUAAUUUAGCCACUCAUUAUUAAAUUUUAAAUAUUCUUUUACAUUUCGAAUUUUGAGUCAAAUUUCAUUUAAGUAUUGAUUGUUUGCCCCUUCUUUGAACACUCUGCCGUAUUUAUAGAAAUAAACAUGCCUUUAUUAAGUUUUAA